UUUCAUCUUCUGCUUCGGACAGUGUUGGGAAAUCCAUCCCAGCUGGAAUGAUUGAGUUGUAAAUUUGUGAUAUUGCUAAAUAUUGGCAAACUGCAAUGUUCCAGCGACUGAAAUAGUUAAACGAAUUCGAAAUGGAAGUAGAGCAGACGUCAAUCAGGUCGGACACGAACUCCACCUGCGAGUAUCUGGACGCAGAGGGCGAUCCGGAGUCCCCAAAUCUCUAUCAAGAGGCGGAUCCCGACCAGGAGGCGGAGCAACAGAACCAUAGUAUUAUCUCUGAGCUAAGAGAUGGUCUGGGCACCAUGCGGGACAACAGUGCCCUCAGUCCGGAGCCGGGGCAGGAGAACAAGGGACUGGCUGCCUCUGUGGAGUCUCUGGCAUUGAGCACCUCGACCAGCGCCAAAACAGAGGACUCCAUUGGCGGGGGAUUGGAGGAGGAGUACGAUUACCAGCACGACAGUCUGUGGCAAGGCCAAAAGAAACACAUCUUCAUACUCAGCGAGGCGGGAAAACCAAUUUUCUCGCUACACGGCAAUGAGGAUAAGCUGGCCACGCUAUUCGGUGUCAUCCAGGCACUGGUGAGCUUCGUUCAAAUGGGCCAGGAUGCUAUCACCUCCAUUCAUGCGGGCGGCAUCAAGUUCGCUUUCAUGCAACGCAGCUCGCUCAUCCUGGUGGCUGCCAGCCGGAGCAACAUGAGUGUGCAGCAGCUGCAACUUCAACUGGGGGAUGUCUACAAUCAAAUACUGUCCAUUCUGACGUACUCACACAUGACGAAGAUCUUUGAGAGGCGCAAAAACUUUGAUCUGAGGAGACUGCUCUCCGGCAGCGAACGAUUGUUCUACAAUCUGUUGGCGAACGACAGUAGUAGUGCCAAGGUGUCCAACAACAUCUUCACGUUUUUGACCAACUCAAUUCGCGUCUUCCCAUUGCCCACAACGAUACGAUCGCAAAUCACCAGCGCCAUUCAGAGCAACUGCUCCAAGAUCAAGAACCUGGUGUUUGCCGUGCUGAUCGCCAAUAACAAACUGAUAGCACUGGUGCGCAUGAAGAAGUACUCCAUCCAUCCGGCUGAUCUGCGUCUGAUCUUCAACCUGGUAGAGUGCUCCGAGUCCUUCAAGAGCUCCGAGAACUGGUCGCCCAUUUGCCUGCCCAAGUUCGAUAUGAAUGGGUAUCUGCAUGCGCAUGUCUCGUAUCUAGCGGAUGAUUGCCAGGCCUGUUUGCUCCUGCUGUCCGUGGACAGAGAUGCCUUUUUCACGCUGGCAGAGGCCAAGGCAAAGAUCACGGAGAAGCUGCGCAAAAGCCACUGCUUGGAAGCCAUCAACGAGGAGCUGCAGCAGCCGUUCAAUGCGAAACUCUACCAGCAGGUUGUGGGAAUCCCCGAACUGCGGCACUUUCUCUACAAGCCCAAGAGCACAGCGCAACUGCUGUGUCCCAUGCUCAGACAUCCGUACAAAUCUCUGACGGAGUUGGAGCGCCUGGAGGCCAUCUACUGCGACUUGCUGCAUCGCAUCCACAACAGUAGCCGGCCGCUGAAGCUCAUCUACGAGAUGAAGGAGCGCGAGGUGGUCCUGGCCUGGGCAACCGGAACCUACGAACUGUACGCCAUAUUCGAGCCGGUUGUGGACAAAGCCACUGUGAUCAAGUACGUGGACAAACUGAUCAAGUGGAUCGAGAAGGAGUACGAUGUGUACUUCAUACGAAACCAUGCCACAUUCUAAGCUUUAGCGUGCUUCGCUAGGGCAUUGUGAGAUAUAUGACUAUUUUUUUAUGGCUCCUCUGCCAACGGAACCAGGACAAAGUUGUUGUGCUGCAGUUGUGACGGCGUUUGUUUAACUGAACCUAGUAUACCAGAAUUACGCAUGUACAUUUGUAAUUUAAAACUCUAAGUAAAUUCUAAAACUUAA